UCAAGGUGGAGAGACAUGUUUGUUUUUAGUUCCGCGCAGAUAUUUGUCACUUUACUGUAGCGGUGUUUCAAAUCUGUUGGUGUGGAUACUGUUCGUGUCAUUUCCUUCGAGCUAAAUGAGCCGCAGAGAAUUAGUCCAACUCUAUUUUCUUGUUUCUUUGUAGUAUUAUAGUAGCUGAAGCUUUCUUGGAAGAUCGGAGUCUGGCCUACAUUUAAAGAAAUGAGACAAUAACCUGUUGACGGGACAAAGGAUGACAAGCAGCCCAGGACACCGCAGCGGCUCCUCCGUCGGUUCCGCUGACCUGUUUGAGGACGUCUGGAGGCAGCUGAAAGACUGCCACCAGAACACUGUGCAGGAAUACGAGUCGAAAGUGAGCAAGCUGAAAAAGGACCGCUGUCUAGACGCUCAGAAGCUGGAUGUGUUUUAUAAUCGCAACCUGCGGCUCAAGGAGCAAAACAAAAGCCUGCAGGACUCCGUCAGCCUGCUGGAAGACAGGCUCCGUGUCGCAGAGUGUGGUCGAUGUGCUGUCUUGGAGGAGAAGCUGAAAAGCAGUCAGGAUCAGAAUCUGGAUGUCAUCACUAAACUAAGAAAUGAGAAUAAAAACCUGGAAGAUGAAAACAGAAAUCUUCAAGCUGAACUGCAGAAGAUGAAGAUGCUUCACAGAUGUUGUUUUUGCAUCAGUGCGGACCGCGAGGAGACAUCAGAGCACGACGAGGGAGUCAUCCCGGACUCGCCGAUCCUGACCAGCUCGCUGCCUGCGGCUAACAAACUGAGGAAACGUAAACACCCCGACAAGAGCAGACGUGUUCGUUAUGCCGAGACGCCGCUGCCGCAGAAGAAUAACUCCCUCUUUAAUGAGUUGAAGAACGAGGCUGAUGCAGGCGCAAAGAAUUCUGGGAGAGAAGUGCUUGUGCCAAACACUUGUGAACUGGACACAUCCCAGAGCUCAAAUGACAUGAAAGAAGAAACUGAGGAGGUAGUUGCAGAAACGUGCGCUCUAGAGGUGCUUGGCUGUCGUCAUCUUGAAGCCGAGUUGAUUCCACGUCAUGAAAACGACACAAAAAAUAUCUGGAAGGGCAACGCUCGUUUAAGGCCUUUCUCUUCGGCAGCACAGAUCCGCAGUCCAGACUCGACCACGGAGAAAUCGCCGUCUCUUCUUCCGAGUAUUAAACGCUUCUCUGAGGAAGGUUCCUUUUGCUGGGGCAAACGGAAGAAGGAGGACAGUGGCACUGAGCAGCAGGCAGAAGGCAGAGCGGGGAGUAAAGAGAAGGUGGAUGAUCAGAAGGAAGCUAAACCCUUACAACUUGAAACCACUAGCCAUUCUGCCACACUUGGCUUCAAACAGCAGCCGGACAAUGAGGGUCCAAACCAAAUGCUGAAAAUCUCUUAUGCAAGUCCCACUUUCAAGAAGCCACUGAGUAAAGCUGGAGACCAACCAGAUGGAAGUAGAAGAGCGCCUCCGCAGGAUCGGAGUGUGUCACAGAAAUGCCUUCAAUCGAACAAUGCCGACAGGAAGGAAAAGGUGGAGUCCACGUGGAGCGUCGACCCGGCGCUCGCUUUGUCCGUCUUUGAGAGCGAGGAGGUGGAAGAGGAACAGCGACCCGGAGAGCUGGCAGACACCGACUGCACCUGGGUCAGCCACAGCAUGCUGCAGCGCCGAGCAGAGGACAGUCAGGACAGGGAAAGUGACAAGUCUGGACUCGGCGAAAAGGCCAACGACAGUUUGGAUAUGAUGUUUGAUGCAACAACCUUUGGGGAGUACAAGUCGUACACCUGCUCCAGCUUGGAUCUGAGUCAGCAUUGUGAUGGGGCUGAUGAUGCCGAGGAAGUUGAGAUUAACGAUCAAGAUCUUCCAGAAACUCCUGCAUGCUACAGCAAAACCCGGCAGCCGACGUUUGCACACGUGGCCGUCGUUCGCAAGAAAGACGAGAGGAGAAAACUGAAGGGCACCACAUGCAAGGAAUGUGAAGUGUACUACGCUCAUCUGCCCGAGGAGGAGAAACAGAAGAAGUUAUCCGCUUGCUCCAGGCAUCGAUACCGCUACAUUCCACCCUGCACCCCGGAAAACUUCUGGGAAGUCGGAUUCCCGUCAACACAGACCUGCAUCGAAAGAGGUUACAUCAGGGAGGAGAAGAACCCUGAGGCCCGUUCACGAAGGCGACAGCCGUUUAAUGUUUUGUUCACCCCAAAAAAAAUCCAGAAGCAGAGCUAAAACCGUUCAGCUCUACAGAUGUUACCUGAGCUGGACGUUCCAGCUGUAUAUGCAUCUGCAAAAACUUCGUGCUUCCUAUAGAACUGUAAGAUAAGAGACAUGUGCUACAUG